AUGAGUGAAAAAGGAAAGGCUAUUCUCUUACUAAUUACUUACCCUGGUGACGAAGAUAAAAGUGGACUCAGCCUUGCAAACACUGCAACGACGAUAAUUGCCGAUGAGUCGAAGGCGAACCAUGCAGAAGGAGCAGACGCUGCUGUGGCUACACGUGGCAGUUGGUUUAUAAUGGUUUCACAGGGGUCGCAGUCACAGCCCCAACAACACUCAAGUAGUAUCUACUUUGCAAAGGAGACUCCGUUAUUCGUCUCAAACAGCCACUGCUACUUCAUGCGGAAGAACUACCAAUUCUCUGUCCAAUUCCGGUAG